AUGGAAAACCGAUAAUUAGAAAUAGUUAAUUCUAUUCUCUCAAAAUCUCCUCUGACAAUUUCAAAACAAGAAUUUCGAUAAGUUAGUGAAAUUAUAUUGGAUUAUAAAUUAAAUGGAUUUGUAAUGGCUCUAUUAAGAAUGCAAGAAUUUUAUCUAUAUUUUGAUAUACCAUUGUCAAUUAAACAUAAUAUAGAUUUAUUAUCAUAUAUGGAUGAAGAGAGAAUCAAUUUUUUUGAACUAAUUGGAUAUACGUAUUUCAACAAAGGAUCCUACAUUAAUUUUUAUAAAAAUCUUGUUUUAUUUAAAUAUAAAUAAAUUACUAGAUUAAAUCAAUAAAACCUAUUUAUUUUACAUUAAGUUAUUGGGGAUAUAAUAGCUUCUAUUUGGUGGCAUUAUGAAUUUUUCAAAUAAUUAGUUUCUCGAAUAUACAAUAAUCAAUACAUAUAAUUAGUAAAAUUGAUUUAAAAUUAAUAAAAAGGAAUAGAUGAAUAAAUCAAUUUAUUAGAAUUUUCAAAAUUUUCAAAAUACUUUAAACUUAUAAUUAGUAAUUCAUUAAGUUAUAAUUUGAAUAAAGAUUAACUAUUAUAGAAUACAGAUGAAUUUAUUUAAACAUUAUUGAAAAAAGAUGAAUUAAUAUAUGAAGAUAUCUUAAAUUAUAUAUAAUAAUCUUCAGCAAUAUCAGUAAAGAAAAGAAUAAUAUACCAUAAAUUAUUAUUUUAUUAUUGGCUAAUUAGUAAAUAAAAUUAAUUAUAGAAGGAACCUUAAUAAAAAAAAUAAUAAUAAAGUCUUUCAUAAUCUGCCAUUUAAUUUAGGAAUACUUAUUCUCAAAAUGCAUCUAGAAUAAAUAUAAAUUAAUUUUAAUCUGGCAUAUAUUAAUCUGGUAUAUUUGGCUCUAAAAUUUAAUCAUAAUUAUCUAAUAGUUCUAUACGUUAUAAAAAGGCUACAAAUUCAAUUAUUUAAUAUUUAUUAGAAAAUGUCAUAAAUUUAGAAGAAUCACUUCAAGAUUCUGAUUUGUACAUGCAAUUUGAUGCAUAUAAUGAACAUUAUUAGAAUCUAGCAGAAAGUCUAGAAAUGUAUGAAAUAAAUGAUUGGAAUGAUUUAAAAGUAUUGUCAGAAUAAAGCACUUAAAUUAUAAAAUCAGUAUUAGAGAAUAUUAAUAUUGAUAAACUUGUUGAGGUUUAUUAAGAUAGAUAUUUUUGUUUGAGAUCCUUUAGUUUAAUAAUUGAUUGUACUGAAAAUUUACAAUCUCAUAUAUAAUAUAUUGAUGAAUAAGUAUAAAAAUCCUAGUAUUAUUAAUUCCCAAGUGCAACAAGCUAAUUUUACUAGUUUUAUGAUUUUAUUAAUCCUAAAAGCCAAAUAGAUUAAAUUGAGAUUAUUAGAUUAUUAGGUCUAAAAUUAUAAUUUACUAAAUCAUAAUUAAAUACUUUUUAUAGAUGUAUAUAAUUACAAGUACCUGAUCAUUAUAUAUUAAUGGAAGCUGCUAUAAAAUUAAAGAGUAUUCAAACAACAUAAAAUAGUUUAAAGAAUCGAGAUUGGCUAUCAUAAAUUGAUUAGGAGAAUUGGCUUAUGUUGAAAGUGAUUGUAUUCUAAUAAACUUUAAUAGACAUUUUCUAUCUUAUAGUGUAAUGUUGUUUUGAAUAGUAAAUAUUUUUAAAUAACUGGCAUAGAAUUUUAAAGAAUUUAUUUUAAAUUAUAACAUUAAGUAAAACAAAUGAUAUUCUUUUAUAUUUUUUCUAAUAUGUGAUUUCUAAUGAAUAGGAUUUUUAACAUUUUUUAAAUUUAAUUUUUGUAACUGAACCACCAAAAUAUUCAACUAAUUUAUAUUAAGAAUUGCUAAAUUUCCUUGAGAGAGUUCUGAAUUUAGAAAAUCAAUAAUAAAAAAUUAACAUAUUAAAAGGAUUUCAAGUAAUAUAUCCAUUUCCAAAUAUAUUUAAAGUAAAUUUUCUUAUUGAUAAUAUAAACCAAAAAUCUAGGAGUCUUAUAUAAUACAUUAUGAUAAAGUAAAAUUAAAAUGAUAAUGAAUAAAUGUCUUAGUUAUGUUAUUAAUUACAUUCAUCUGAUUAAGAAUUUUAUUCUAAAUUUAUACCUCCUGAAGAUACUCCUGGAUUUGAUUUACAUUUUACAGUUGAAAGAUAAUAGAGUGAAAUAUAAGCUAAAUUAUUUCAUUAAAAAAUUGUAGAAUAAUUAAAUUUACCGAAAAAAGAGGAAGUAUUAAAUGAAAUAUAAAAAUAUCUAAAUCCAUUAAGAGGCACAUGCAAAUCAUUAAUUAAGGAAUUAGAUUAAAAUAUAUUUUCUAAUUAAAUUAGAGAGAUAUCAAAUUAAGAAAUUCUUGAAUAUGUACUUAAUCAUAAAAAAUUUAUAGAAAAUCAUGUUGAAAAAAAAAUAUCAUAAGUAAAAUUUCGAAUCUAAUAAAAAAUAAAAAAAAUAGAUAUUUUGAUAGAGAAAUAUCAUAAUAAUCGUUUAAUUGUCAAUUAAAUGAAUAAAAAAAUUAAAUUAGCAUAAAGAUCAAAAUUCUACAUUAAAUCAGAAUAUCAUAAUUUAAUUUAACCUGAUUAUAUUGUCUACAAAUUUAUAUAUGAACUUAUUUUAGUAUAAAGAAAUAUUUCAGGUUCAAAUUUAAUUAACCCUGAGUUUUUAAAUGUAUUUGCAAUGCCUAAAGAUUUUAAUGAGGAUAAUAAAAAAUCAAAUAGUAUAUAGAUAGAUUAAUAGUAAAUUAAAAAAUAAGAAUAGGAUAUAAUUUAAUAUUAUUUAUAAAUUGGAGAGGAAGGAAAGAUACCUAUUUUAAAAGUGUUUUUAGAUUAAUUAGAAAUUGAAAUGAAUAAUUAAAUAAUUGAAUUAGAAUAAUAUUAAUAAGACUUAAUAAUAAAAGAUCUUGAUGAUUAAAUAAAUGAAUUUAAAAAAAUAUAAAUUGGUUGUUCUGAAUUUUGUCCAUUUUGUGGAAGAAAAUGUGAUCAGGAUGUUUUAAAAAAACAUAAGCAUAAAUGUUCAAAUGGACAUUAAAUUAGAAGUAAAAAUUAUAAAUAAAAAUGAUUAUAGGCAUGAAUGGUAUUUUGGUUGAUCAUAAAUUAUCAUUGUUGAGUUGUGAAGAAUUAUAGGAUGAUUAUUAUGUUUAUGAUUAGUAAAUGUAAAAUCUAAGAAAAUGGAUAGAUUUAAAAUAAAAAUAUAAAAAUUGGAAUUUUUGUAAUUUCAAAAAUAAUGAAGAAUUAAAAUAGCAUUAAUUGAAUUAUUAAACUUAUUGGAAUAAUAAGGUAGGUAAAGUUAUUUGUAAUUUUUUAAAUUGUAGAUUUUUUUAAAAGGAAUUAGAUUAAUCGAAUUAAAAAAAUCAUUUUAUUUUUGUAAUUGAUGAAUCUGGUUCAAUGGCAGGGUAAAAGUGGAAAAUAAUGAUGGAAGCAAUUUAAUAAUGUUUUAUAGAUUUGCAAAAAAAUCUAAACAAUAGAAUUACUGUUAUUUAAUUUAGUGAUGAUGCUAGAUUUGUUAUUGGACAUAAUCAGCCUGAAGAAAUUCCACCAUUAGAAUAAAUUAAAUAAUUUGAAAUGAUAUCUGGUGGGACUAACUUUGAGAAUGCUUUUCUUUUGAUAUUCUAUGCCAUUUAAAGAUGCAUAUCAUAAUUUGAUUUGUAAAUUUUUUCAAGAUAUUUUAUUUAGUUAAACUAUUUUAUUUUAUACGGAUGGAGAUGCUGAUUAUCCAAAGAUAUCGAUGGAUUUAUUUACAUAAAUUAAUUAAGAACUAAGGUAGAAAAUUGAUAUUUUAAUAUGCAGUGAAAUCAAAGAAUCUAAAUCUUUAGAAAAAGUUUGUUAUCUAUUUUAAUAAAAAAUGGGUAAGGGAAGAAUAAAAGAAAAUGUUAAUAUCGAUUAAGUUGGACAACUGCUAUAAGAAAAAGUUUGUUAAAAAUAUUGA